CAUGUGUGAUGGGGGGGUGUGUAUGGGCGUGCAUGUGCAUGGGGUGAGUAGGGUGUGUGUGUGUCUGGGCGUGUGGGUGCUUGUGUGUGAGACUCCUCAGCCCAGCGGUUCCCAAGGUGCCUUCCCUGGCCGGGGCAGCUGCUGCUCUGUGUUUUCUGAUCACGGAGGCGGGGGUCAAGUGAAGGUUUCGGCUGGGCGCUUCGUUUGGGUCCCUGAGGCGGGUGUGGGUCUGCCGUGCCCCCCGGGGCUGUGCUGGGGCCUGCCCGCUGUGUGUCUGCGCGGCCUCUGGCACACUGCCCCGCGGGUGGGCCGCGGAGAUGGCGGGUGACCCACAGGGGUGUCUGAGGGCCUGGCAGGACUCACAGCCCGGGUCCCUGUGAGGGUUUGGAGAGACUUGACUGGCCCAUCUCGUACCUUGCGGUGCCCUGCUCAUGCUCCCAGCACGUGUGUGUGUGCUGUGCCCAUACGAGCAUAUAACACACGUGCACACACAUGUGCUGGGGUGGCAGGCAUGAAGGGAUGUCGGGGUUCCAGGAAAUGCAGCGCUGCCCGCUGCUUCCCAGGGACCAUGAAACGCUGCCGCGUGCCCAGCAGCAGUGAGGACUCGGACGCCAAUGGCAGCCUGUCCACGACCUGGUCACAGAGCUCGCGGGCCCCGCACAGGAGAGGCUCCUGCUCGCGGCAUGAGGACCGGAAGCCUUCGGAGGUGUUCCGCACGGACCUCAUCACGGCCAUGAAGCUGCACGACUCCUUCCAGCUGAGCCCUGACGAGUACUAUGUGCUGGCCGACCCCUGGCGGCAGGAGUGGGAGAAGGGGGUGCAGGUGCCCGUCAGCCCCGGCACCAUCCCGCAGCCCGUGGCCAGACUGGUGUCGGAGGAGAAGCCCCCGACGGCGCCGGCCACGGCCCCCGCGCUGGGUGACGGUGCCUGCCGCUACGACCUCAACGACAUGGACGCCGCCUGGCUGGAGCUGACCAACGAGGAGUUCCGGGAGAUGGGGAUGGCCGAGCUGGACGAGGGCACCAUGGAGCGGGUGCUGGAGGCGCUGGAGCAGCGCUGCCACGACAACAUGAGCCGCGCCAUCGAGUCGGAGGAGGGGCUGGGCAUCGAGUACGACGAGGACGUGGUGUGCGACGUCUGCCAGUCCCCGGAGGGCGAGGACGGCAACGAGAUGGUCUUCUGCGACAAGUGCGACAUCUGCGUGCACCAGGCGUGCUACGGGAUCCUCAAGGUGCCCGAGGGCAGCUGGCUGUGCCGCACGUGUGCCCUGGGCGUGCAGCCGCGCUGCCUGCUCUGCCCCAAGAAGGGCGGUGCCAUGAAGCCCACCCGCAGCGGGACCAAGUGGGUGCACGUCAGCUGUGCGCUCUGGAUCCCCGAGGUGAGCAUCGGCAGCCCCGAGAAGAUGGAGCCCAUCACCAAGGUCUCCCACAUCCCCAGCAGCCGCUGGGCGCUGCUCUGCAGCCUGUGUGAGGACAAGGUCGGGGCCGCCAUCCAGUGCUCGGUGAGGAACUGCCGCACGGCCUUCCACGUCACCUGCGCCUUCGACCGCGGCCUGGAGAUGAAGACCAUCCUGGCCGACAACGACGAGGUCAAGUUCAAGUCCUACUGCCCCAAGCACAGCUCCCCGCGGCCCCCGCGCGAGGGGGCCCUGGGCGAGGGCGCGCGGGAGGGCGGGGCCCCCGCCGGCACCCCCUGGAGCCCCGCGCAGCCGCCGGCCGACCCGGGCAGCGCGCGCAAGCAGAAGCUGCAGCAGCUGGAGGACGAGUUCUACACCUUCGUGGACCUGCUGGACGUGGCGCGGGCUCUGCGGCUGCCCGAGGACGUGGUGGACUUCGUGUACCAGUACUGGAAGCUCAAGCGCAAGGUCAACCUCAACCAGCCGCUCCUGGCGCCCCGCAAGGACGAGGACGGCGACCGGGGCCAGCAGGAGCAGGAGGCGCUGCUGAGGCGGCUGCAGCUGUUCACGCACCUGCGGCAGGACCUGGAGCGGGUGCGGACGCUCACGCACAUGGUGACGCGGCGGGAGAAGAUGAAGCGCUCGCUGUGCCGCCUGCAGGAGCACAUCUUCAGCCUCUACACGGAGCUGCAGGAGCAGGAGCGGGGCGCAGGUGCCCCCGGGGCCCCGCCCUGCCCGGCGCUGGACAGCACACUCCUGUUCGACAGCCCCGCGGGCCCCGGCACCCCGCGGCUCGAGGACCUCAAGUGGCACUCGGCCUUCUUCCGCAAGCGCAUGGGCACCUCCCUGGCCCACUCGCUCAAGAAGCCCAAGCGGGGCGGCCCUGCGGCCGGGGCCCGCGCUCUGCUGAAGCCACCGGACCUCUGCGGCCGGAGGGCGGCCCCGCUGGUCCCCGAGAGCCUCCUGAGCCUGGAGAAGACCUUUGCCGAGGCCCGGCUCCUCCUGGCCCCGCCCAAGAACGGAGCGAAGAACGGCGCGGCCCCGCCGGGGCCCGGGGCCAGGCGCGAGCACCGCCUCGGCCUGCACUGUGACCUCAGCCGCGGGGACGCCAGGGCCCGGCCCUGCAGACCCUCGCACAAACCUCUCGCCCGCACCGCUGGCUGCCCCGGGCCACGGAGGGAGGCGGCGCCCCCGGGCCACGGCUCCCUGGCCAGAGCCGGCGCCCCCCAGACCACCGCCAAAGUGCCUACCGCCCCCGCCGGCCCCGGGAAGAACUGGGGAGGCUUCCGGAUCCCAAAGAAGGGGGAGCGCCCGGCUCGGGGAGACGCCUGCGCCCCGCACGUGGGCUGCCCCUACCUGGGCCUCGGCCGGCUGCCGCCCAAGGACAGGGCCCGCCCGCUGCCCGCCGACGCCGAGAACGACGGCUACACGCCCGACGUGGAGAUGAGCGACUCCGAGAGCGAGGCCUCCGAGGAGAAGUUCGUGCACGCCGGCGCCCUGGGCCGCAGGACAGACGCCAUCCGCAGGAGCAUCCUGGCCUCCUGAUGGCGCCGGCGGGAAGCUCCGAGUCCGGGGGUCGCGAGUUCCCAAAGCACAGAUGCCGGCCAGGCUGGAGGGUCCGUGGGCGCGGAGAGGCCUGGGCAGGGCGCUGCUGUGUACAUAGAGCCCGGGGGGACGCCGGGCCUGCGGGAGAUUCAGGGUACAGGAGCCGAGUGGGUGGGCCUGGGGCCGGCAGGGAGGCUCUUCUUCUAACAAGAGAUUCGCAUCACGCGAUGAACUUCCCGGCCCCGGCCCGCACUUCAGAGCUGGCCACUAGUACAUAUCUCCGGGAAUCGGGCCUCUGAAAUGAACGGAUUCCUUCAGAAAAUUGGAAAAGGAAAAAAAAAAAACGCAAAACAGGUUCUAUAUGGAAAAGCGUCGAGAGGCAACAAGCCGUGCUGACCUUUCCCCCGGCAAGGUCAAGCGGGAGCGAGCGGAGAUGUGUGACAGGGUCCCGGCGUCGGAGUGCUCACUUGGACUUCCCAAUUGCAAGUGGCAAUAACUCGCAAGUUAUCAGCAAUAAUAAAUUCAGCGUGAAAUUUGAGUCCCAUGUUGUCUGGCGCCGUGGCGGUGUGCAGACGCAGCACACGGUGUUCAGGCCCCGUUUCUUUUCUUUGCGAUUCAGUGUCGUCGUGAGUAAGUCCGAGAGGAGAGUGUCGCGGCAGGUGCUGCCCCUCGGCCACCCCUUGCUUGGUUCGUGGCUCUUAGAUCCUGCGGCGUCUCCAGUCUGCGUCCCGGGAUCGAGAUGCGGAGUGCUUUGGGUUCUGUCGUUCACUCUCGAGUCUUCCAAAAACGCGGUAAAUUUCAGAGGAUGAGCAGGGAGACCCCGCGCAGCCCCAGUGUGGGGGAGCUUCCAAACCCAGCCUCCACGUUCCCAGCACCUGCUGGCGCCGGUUCCGGGACGGAGGAAGGUGGGUCCGGCCUCCGCAGAAUGCUGUCCGGAUCAGCUGCUGCUGCAGACGGUCGGGUUCCGAGGAGUCCAGCCGGGCGUUCCCAGCGUGACCGCACAUGCGGUUUUGCCUGGCCCCAGCAGCCGCCUUCGGCUGGUGUCCGUGUCUGCACUGACCUGGCUGCACGGCUCGGAGCGUGGAACAGGGAGGGGCACUGUGUCAAGCCAUAGAAAGAAAACCUAAAUCACUUCUAGGGAGCGAAUGGCCUCUCCAAAUUCUAGGAGGUCGCAGAUUCAUUUGCACUAUUAGGAAUGCUAGUUUUGUGCAAAAAUAAUGCCUUACCUGUUCCCCCCCCCCAUUUAGGUUGAAAAGCUUUCAAAAGUUCCAAGUUAUGCUGAACCAAAAAAAAAACCAAAAUGAAAUUAAAACACAAGAGACAAAACACACACAAACAGAAGACCCCCUCAGCCCCCUACAAGGUUCCUGCUCAGAAAUGCGAGGGGACGGGGCGGGGAGCGGUGUCCUGGGGCAGGGCUGGGGUGCCCCGGGCAGCCCCCCAGCACCGGACCAUCGCUUCUUGGCAUUUCUCUUUCCUUUUGAAGAUUUAUCUUUCCUUGUGCAUCCUGACCAAGAGAUAUCUAUGAUUAUGAUCAAUGUAUUAUGUCAAAAUGUAGGUUAGUUAAACUUCUGUAAAGUUGCCUGGAAUGUCAUUUGUUAGGUUAUCAAUCACAAGAUGGAAACAAAGGGUUCUAUGUGUCAUGUACAAAUCUUGAAUGAUUUUGCGAUGGACACACACCGUCCCAUUUGUCCCCUGUACAGAGGAUCUUUCACUGCGUGCCUAGCCUGGUGUCCAUUCAGCCGAAAAUGAAGAGAAAAGGUGCAUGAAGAGUUCCAAACCAGAAUGAAAGUCUAUGUAGAGAUGACUAUUUUAUAUCACAUCGUCCAAUCCUGUAUUUAUUUCUAGCCCCCUUUUGGAAAGUAUUUAUAAAACUAGUCGAGGACGCUGUAUUUUUUGGUUGAACUAUUUAGUAGAAUUUGUGCCUUUUUGUCUGUACGUGAAUAAACGCUGUACAUUUUGCAGUA